AUGCCUGCUAUUUCGGUGUUCUGUGACUCUUUGCUUCUGUUAACCAUCAACGACAGGUCGGAAUCCCGGUCCGGUAACAUGACCAUGACAGAACUCGAGGAGCUGCAGAUGCAAAAGCUUCUGAAGGACAAGAUUCUUGAUCAGGCGUCUGCCAUCCUGAUAAUUCUUAACCCUGCCAUCGUAGUUGGGCGUAGUAAAAAGGGAGAACCACUGUUCAGCGCUUACCUGACUGGUCAUGACAAUCCACGAUCGCAGUCUACCUACAUGUUCAUUCUCCCACCCAGUAUGGCCGCCAGUGAAGAAGCCGCUCUGGCCUCUCUGCUCGAGCAAAUUCAGCAUGCAGUAGACACCAUCUACGACAACAUGAUAGGCGAGGAUAUCAGAUACCACGAGAGAGGCGACAAGAACGACAGUCAUGCUGAUGCAAUUGCCAUGCUGUGGGGGUCAUAUAGAGUCCCAACUUCCCUAUCCCAGUCGGGAGACCAGUCUUCUUAA